AUGGAUAAACUACUCGCCAACAGCUCCGUCCGAGAGUCAAAAUACCCCCAAUGGGUCGCUAACGUAGUCAUUGUGAAAAAGAAAAACGGAAAGUGGCGAAUGUGCGUGGACUUUACAGACCUAAACAUGGCCUGCCCAAAGGAUUCCUUUCCGUUGCCCCACAUCGACCAACUUAUCGAUGCAAUGACAUGGCACGAGUUGUUAAGCUUCAUGGACGCCUACUCAGGUUACAACCAAAUCCUCAUGGAGGAGGAGGAUGAAGAAAAGGCCACUUUCAUCACCCACAAGGGAACAUACUGCUAUAGAGUCAUGCCAUUCAGGUUGAAAAACGCAGGGGCAACUUAUCAAAGGCUGGUCACCAAGAUGUUCAAGGACCAUCUCGGUAAAAUAAUGGAAGUUUACGUAGACGAUAUGUUGGUCAAAUCAAAAAGCAAAGAACACCACAUCGACCAUCUGAAGGAAGCCUUAGAUAUACUAAGGCAAUACAGUAUGAAGCUGAACCCCGAAAGGUGUGCCUUCGGCGUAACCUCGGGCCGUAUAGCUGCCCUGUCAAGGUUCAUCUCACGAUCCUCUCACAGAUGCCACAAAUUCUUCAACGUGCUUAAAAAGGACAACAGGUUCCUAUGGAAUUCAAAAUGCAUUGAGGCCUUAAGAGAACUAAAGGCAUACUUGUCCUCGCCCCUGUUACACGCUAAAGCAGAACCUGGCAAGUGCCUCUGA